AUGUCGCUGAAAACGCUCUCUGCGAAGAAUGCUUCUGAGCUCGACAAGGACCUUAUGAGCUCUGGGGCCUUUUCCAUCGAUCAGCUGAUGGAGCUGGCGGGACUGUCCGUUUCGCAAGUCGUAUAUCACCUUCAGCCGUUGAGCAAGGGUAACAGAAUUCUCGUUGCUUGUGGACCGGGAAACAACGGCGGCGAUGGUCUCGUUGCGGCUAGACAUCUCUGGCACUACGGCUAUAAGCCUACCAUUUACUAUCCCAAGCAGAGCAAAAAUGAGCUCUACCAGAGGCUAUGCACGCAGCUAAAGACCCUGGAUAUUCCAUUCACGGAGGACUUUCAGUCUGCUCUGAAAGAAACCGACCACAUUGUCGAUGCAAUUUUUGGCUUUAGUUUCUCCGGUGAAGUCAGAGAGCCAUUCCCCGCCGUCAUUGAAGCUCUACGCGACACAAAGUUACCAGUGACUUCAGUAGAUGCUCCCUCUUCAUGGGACAUUGAGGACGGCCCGCCAUCAUCUGGCCCCGGAAAAGGGUUCCAACCUGAUGCUUUGAUCAGCUUGACUGCACCCAAGCCCCUUGCGAAGUGGUUCAAGGGAAGGCACUUCCUAGGAGGCAGAUUUGUCAGCCCGCAGAUUGCGCAGAAGUAUGAUUUGGAAAUCCCCAAGUAUGAGGGAUUAAGCCAGAUUGUCGAAUUGCCUUCGGGCGAGGGAAAGCUGUAA